UGAUAUCACACGCAUCUUUCCCUCAUCACAAUCAUCAUUAUCAUCUUAUUCAUCAUCUUCUUCUACCAACAAAUCUACUCUGCAAUCCCCCACCUUGGCCCCAAUUUAUCCUCCUUUAAUUAAAAGCCUUUCAAUUUCUCUCCUUUUAAGCUAAAAAUAAAAUCUCCAUUUCCCCAAAAGACUUUCAUUUCCUCUCUUUUUUCUUCUUUUUAGUAGUCAUGUUUUACUGUAUCAAGUUUGAAUCUUUGUAAUCUUGAUUAUUACUACUACUAGUACUUUAAUAGUAAUAUAUUAAAAAACAGGUACUCAUGGUAUAAUUUUAAAUUUGUUACCCUGUUCUGAGUUUCUUUAUUUGUCCCUACUCUCUGUGGUCACUGAAAAGUCUGGCGGGAUAACUAAGAAAAUAGAUGCUCGUGUGUGUUUAUAAAUACGCCCACUAAUCACCCUCAUUUCUAGAGAGAGAAAGUCUUGGACUGUUCUAGAGUGAGAAAGUCUUAACUUUGAAAAAUAUAGAGGAAUUAUUAAAUGGAUAAAAGCUGUAAUUCUUCUGGUGAGGGUGAUUCUACUGCUACUGCUACUUCUGCUAGUAGCAGCAGCAGUGGUAAUAGAGAUAUGUAUUUGAAGCAUCUCAAUAAAAUCUCUCAUAAGAUCUCGAAACCUGUUAGAAGACCUGCUGUUUUUGAUAACCAGAAUUUUCAGCAGGGGCAGACACAGCAGCAAGUUCAACCGCCUUUGCUUCCGCCGGUUGCGGGGUCGCAGAAUUUGCAGGCGGCUCAGCCGCAGCAACAGCCACCGGUUUAUAAUAUUAACAAGAGUGAUUUUAGGGAUGUUGUUCAGAAGCUUACGGGUUCACCUGCUCAUGAACGGAUUUCGACUCCUCCGCCUAUACAACAACCGAAGGCGGCGAGUUCAAGGUUGCAAAGGAUCCGUCCUCCGCCUCUUUCGCAGAUUAAUAACCGUCCACCUCCGUUUGUGAAUGUUACUAAUAACGCUGUUGCUGGUGGAGGAGGUUUUGUUUGUGGUCAACGGCCUGUUCAACCGCAGCCGUUAUCACCUCUUCCACCUUUUCCAGCGGUGCAUGCGGCGGCGGAAUCGCCGAUCUCAGCUUACAUGAGGUUUCUACAAAACUCAAUCGGCUCUGCUACAACUGAGUCCGAUACUAAGCGAUCCUCUACUGGACUGUCACCACUAGCUCCGCGGUGGAACAACUUCAGUGUGCCGCAGCAGCCGCUACUAUUUCCGCCUCCUCAGCCAUUUCCUCUGCCGCAUCAACAGAACAUUCCUCCACCACCGACAGCGUCUUCUUCUGUUCUACCACCGUUUCCGGCUUUUCCCCAAUCCCCGCUGCCGUUUGGAUGUUUGCCGUCGCCAAAAUCACCUUACGGCUUGCUCUCUCCCGGUUUGCUGCUUUCGCCGUCCGGUCAAUUAGGGUUUCAGCAGCUCCCUCUGUCGCCGACAGUUCCAGUGCCAAGCCCGAAGUGGAAGGGCAUUUGAGUAAUUUCAUAGAAACAUAUAAAAAAAGAAGAUUGUACUUGAUGAUCAUGGACACCUGAGACUUUCUGCCAGUCUUGCAGAGUGGCGAAGACAGGAUUUUCUCUAAGAAGGGUCACUAUCAUCUGCUCCAAUAUACGUAUCAAAAUUCCAACUGUAUAUAUGCAUUGUGAUUUUUAUAAUCAUGAGAGUCCAUCCCUUCCAAUGCUCUGGUUCCUGACAAAAUAGUUCCUAGUUUGUGAUUUGGAGUGCAAUGGGUAAAGCUUUCUUAAUCAUUAUCAUUAAAAAUGUCUGUAGGAUCAAUGUUAUUUUGAAGUUGCGGACGUUUUCAAUUAUUAUUAGAAAUGAAAAAGGUAAAGUAAGAGACUGACGUGGAGAGAGAUUUUUGCGAUUUGAAGUAUAAUUCUUUUGGUUCAUGAUUUUAUGCAAAGAAGACAAUAUGUGGACCAGUA